UCACGUUGCUGUGUUUAGGAGGCAAGAGAAUUUGAAUUUAGCGUGCGAAAAAAGCAAAGAGAAGGUCUUAGAGAGAAAGAGAGAGAGAGAGAAGAGAGAGGGGAAAUGGCGAGUAGAGCGCUUCUCCUCUCGUGCAUCAAUGGCGACGGCGCCUCCUUCUCCACGAGUCGCCUCCUCUCGCCGAGGCCCCGGUACCCUUCCAUGCCCAAAUACCCUAAGGAGCCCUCGUCGUCGUCCUCGUCAUCGGCGGCGGCGGAUUUAUGCGGCGGCGGAGGAGACGUGGAGGCGCCGGCGCCGGAUGCGGAGGGGGAGAAGAAGAGGAGGGCGGUGGCGGUGUUCUCGGUGACGGGGGUGACCUGCGCCGCGUGCGCCGGGUCGGUGGAGAAGGCCGUGAAGCGCCUCCCGGGGAUCCACGACGCCGCCGUCGACGUCCUCAACAACCGCGCCCAGGUCAUCUUCUACCCCGCCUUCGUCUCGGUGGAGGAAAUCAGAGAAACUAUUGAAGAUGCAGGAUUUGAAGCUACAUUGAUAGAAGAGGAUAUUAAACUUGUAUGUAGGCUGCAGAUAAAGGGAAUGACAUGUUCUUCUUGCUCGAGUGCUGUCGAGUCAGCUUUGCGAGCAGUUCCUGGUGUGCAGAAAGCUGCAGUUGCCUUGGCUACUGAAGAAGCCGAAAUCCAUUUUGAUUCCAAACUUGUCAAAAUCAACCGACUGGUGGAAGCAGUCGAAGGAAUUGGUUAUGGCGCGACAGUGAUUACGACAGGGGAAGAUAGGAAUAGGAUAGAUCUCAAAAUCGACGGUGCACUUGAUGAAAGGUCUAUUUUGAUGAUUAAGGAUUCCCUGCAAUCUCUGCCUGGAGUAGAUGAUACAAACAUCGACCCAAUUCUUCAUAAAGUAACUAUAUCAUACAAUUCUGAUCAGGCAGGUCCUAGGAAUUUUAUCGAAGUCGUUGAAUCGGCAGGGUUCAGGGCAUCUAUCUAUCCGGAAGCAGGGGGAAGGGAAAUGCUGAGAAAUGAGGAGAUUAAGCAGUACUAUCACUCCUUUCUUUGGAGUCUAGUAUUCACAAUUCCAGUGUUUCUCAUUUCCAUGGUGUUUAUGUACAUCCCGGGAAUUAAGAAUGUGCUAGAUAAGAAGAUAGUCCACAUGUUAACUGUUGGAGAGCUUUUGAGAUGGAUUUUAUCCACUCCGGUUCAAUUUGUUAUCGGUCGAAGAUUUUAUACUGGUUCGUACAAAGCAUUGCGACAUGGUUCUGCAAAUAUGGAUGUAUUGAUUGCUUUAGGAACCAACACAGCAUACUUCUACUCACUUUACUCGAUAGUAAGAGCUGCAAUCUCACCAAAUUUUAAGGGUACAGAUUUCUUCGAGACCAGUUCCAUGCUGAUAUCAUUUAUCCUAUUGGGUAAGUAUCUCGAGAUCCUGGCUAAAGGGAAAACAUCGGAGGCCAUCGCCAAGCUUAUGGACCUGGCUCCUGAGACUGCGACACUCUUAGCAUAUGAUGGUGAAGGACAAGUCGUUAAUGAAAGGGAAAUAGAUAGUCGGCUGAUACAAAAGAAUGAUGUGAUAAAAGUAGUGCCUGGUGGGAAGGUUGCUUCUGAUGGUACUGUUAUUUGGGGUCAAAGCUAUGUUAAUGAGAGCAUGAUAACUGGUGAAUCUCGGCCUGUUGCAAAGAGAAAAGGUGAUGAUGUAAUAGGUGGAACAGUCAAUGAGAAUGGCGUGCUGCAUGUAAGGGUAACACGCGUUGGUUCAGAAAGUGCGCUGUCGCAGAUUGUGCGGCUUGUUGAAUCAGCUCAAAUGGCAAAAGCUCCUGUGCAGAAGCUCGCUGAUAGGAUUUCUGGGUACUUUGUUCCCUUGGUUAUUAUACUUGCCUCACUCACUUGGCUUGCAUGGUUUUUAGCUGGAAAAUUCCGUAGUUAUCCAAAAUCAUGGAUACCAUCUUCCACGGAUAGCUUUCAGCUCGCACUUCAAUUUGGGAUAUCUGUUAUGGUGAUAGCUUGUCCCUGUGCCCUUGGUCUAGCAACUCCAACUGCUGUUAUGGUUGGUACUGGAGUCGGUGCUUCUCAAGGUGUGCUGAUUAAAGGAGGCCACGCACUCGAGGGCGCACACAAGGUGAAUUGCAUUGUGUUUGACAAAACGGGGACGCUAACCACUGGAAAGCCCAUCCUUGUUGACAGAAAGAUUCUGAACAAAAUGAACACAAGGGAAUUCUUUGAAUAUGUGGGAUCUGCUGAGGUGAACAGUGAGCAUCCAUUGGCGAAGGCUAUCAUUCAGUAUGCUAAAAACAUUUUAGGAGAAGAACAUGUAUGGCCUGAAGCGCGAGACUUCGAGUCCGUAACUGGCUACGGAGUCAAAUCCACGGUUAGAGACAAAGAAGUUAUUGUGGGCAGCAAGAGCUGGAUGUCGAGAUUAGGUAUCCCUAUCCCUACUGAAGCCUCUGAGUUCCUCAUGGAAGCAGAAGAAAAAGCACAAACAGGAAUAGUUGUCUUAUUGGACGGAGAAGUCGUUGGAGUAUUAGCAGUAUCAGAUCCACUAAAGACCAACGCCCGAGAAGUAAUAUCUCUUCUUACGUCCAUGAAGGUGGAGUGCAUUAUGGUAACAGGGGAUAACUUGGGCACCGCAAAAGCCAUUGCUGAGGAGGUUGGUAUAGACAGUGUUGUUGCAGAAGCAAAACCAGAAAAUAAAGCAGAUAAAGUAAAAGAACUACAGAUGAGUGGCAAAACUGUGGCAAUGGUUGGUGAUGGAAUCAAUGACUCACCUGCGCUCGUAUCUGCCGAUGUUGGAAUCGCGAUAGGUGCAGGCACCGAUAUCGCCAUAGAAGCAGCUGACAUUGUCCUCAUGAAGAGUAAUCUGGAGGACGUGAUAACGGCGAUCGACCUCUCGAGAAAGACUUUCUCCCGAAUCCGAAUGAACUAUGUAUGGGCUCUUGGAUACAACAUUAUUGGAAUGCCUGUUGCUGCUGGAGCUCUGUUCCCGUCUACCAGAGUCCGUCUGCCGCCGUGGGUCGCCGGUGCUGCGAUGGCAGCCUCGUCAGUAAGUGUUGUGUGUUGGUCUCUCUUGCUGAAGUACUACAGAAGGCCCAAGGAGCUAGAUCGCCUUCGGAUGGAACAAAUUAUAAUCAACUAAAUAGAUGUGAACAUGCAAUAUAGUAAGAAUAAGGUAAAGUUGUUCAGGGGACAAAAAAAAUGUUGAGUGUGCUUUCCUUUCCUUUUGUUAUCAAAAACUUGAAAAAGAGGUGCGAGUGGUGGCUUAGUUUCUGUGCAUGAUUGAAUAAAAAUAAGCAGAACACUGUAAAUACCAUUUGGCUUGAUAAACAUAAAUAUCUUGCUGCA